GCUUCUUUCUGGUCCACGCUGCGCCGGGCUCCGGGGGCGGGGAGACGUGCCGGGACCAUGGAUGGACUUCGGGGUACCGCGGGGCUGCUGAGGCGGGGGCGGCCGAGGCGCCGGCGUCAGCCCCAGUCACUGAGCGGGUCGGUCCUGGCCCUGCCCUUGAGGCCCAGGAAGAUCCGAAGGCAGCUGAGGAGAAGUGCGGCGUCCAGCAUGGCCGCGCUCAGGGUCCGGACGCUGCCGAGCGAGGACUCGGAGGACUCGCGGGUCGAGUCGACGGCUGGUCAUCUCGGGGACCCGCUGCCAGAUGGCGGGGCGGCGGCCCAGUCGGACGCUGCCCGGCGCGAGCUGCCGGAGGAGGCCUCGUCGGCCGCGCGCUCCCGGGGCACCAGCCCGCCGGCGCGCGUUGGGGACCCCUCGGCGCUGCGGGGCACCGGCAGCCAGCCCGUGGACGGCGUGGACGGCGUGGACGGCGAGCUGCCCUGGGACUCGCCGCUGCAGCGCAUCUUGGCCGAGCUGAACCGCAUCCCCAGCAGCCGGCGGCGGGCGGCCCGCCUCUUCGAGUGGCUCAUCGCGCCCAUGCCGCCCGAGCAUUUCUACCGGCGCCUGUGGGAGCGGGAGGCGGUGCUGGUGCGGAGGCAGGACCGCACCUACUACCAGGGCCUGUUCUCCACCGCCGACCUGGACUCGAUCCUGCGCCACGAGGAGGUGCAGUUCGGGCAGCACCUGGACGCGGCGCGCUACGUGCACGGCCGGCGCGAGACCCUGAACCCGCCGGGCCGCGCCCUGCCCGCCGCUGCCUGGUCCCUGUACCAGGCUGGCUGCUCCCUGCGCCUCCUCUGCCCGCAGGCUUUCUCGGCCACCGUGUGGCACUUCCUGGCCGUGCUCCAGGAGCAGUUUGGAAGCAUGGCGGGUUCCAACGUUUACCUCACGCCCCCCAACUCGCAGGGCUUUGCACCUCACUACGAUGACAUCGAGGCCUUCGUGCUGCAGCUGGAAGGCAAGAAGCUCUGGCGCGUCUACCGACCUCGGGUCCCAAGCGAGGAGCUGGCCCUGACCCCUAGCCCCAACUUCAGCCAGGACGACCUCGGUGAGCCGGUGCUACAGACUGUUCUGGAACCUGGAGAUCUGCUCUAUUUCCCCCGCGGCUUCAUUCACCAAGCCGAGUGCCAGGAGGGGGUGCAUUCUUUGCACCUCACCCUGUCCACGUACCAACGCAACACCUGGGGCGACUUCCUGGAGGCCUUACUGCCUCUGGCCGUGCAGGCUGCCAUGGAAGAAAAUGUGGAAUUCCGGAGGGGUCUGCCCCGGGACUUCAUGGAUUACAUGGGCGCGCAGCAUUCGGAUUCCAAGGAUCCGCGAAGGGCGGCUUUCAUGGAGAAGGUGCGCGUCUUGCUUUCCCGCCUGGGCCACUUUGCUCCUGUGGACGCAGUGGCCGACCAGCGGGCCAAAGACUUCAUCCAUGAUUCUCUGCCUCCAGUGCUGACUGACAGGGAGCGAGCGCUGAGCGUCCACGGGCUCCAGAUUCGCUGGGAGGCUGGCGCCCCGGUAAACGUGGGUGCCCAGUUGACAACAGAAACCGAAGUCCACAUGCUCCAAGACGGGAUAGCCCGUCUGGUGGGGGAAGGAGGCCAUUUGUUUCUUUAUUACACAGUGGAAAAUUCCCGUGUUUAUCAUCUGGAAGAGCCCAAGUGCUUGGAAAUCUACCCUCAGCAAGCAGACGCUGUGGAACUGCUGCUGCGCUCCUACCCGGAGUUUGUCAGAGUUGGGGACCUGCCCUGUGACAGUGUGGAGGACCAGCUCUCCUUGGCCACCAUGUUGUAUGAUAAGGGGCUGCUGCUGACCAAGAUGCCGCUAGCCCUGAGCUAGCCGCCUGCUGAUGCCUGCAAACAAGGCAGGAGUGAUUCCUAGAUCACUGCCACUAGUUUUCUAUUUUUGAAUAAAGUGUUCUUACCUUAAUGACAACCUA